UACCCGCGACUGUUGAGAAGGGAAAGCAGAUGGAGAUUCUGAUGCCAAAACCGCCACCGCCACCGAUAUAAUUACGAUUGUAUCGAUCAUAAUUGCAGGAAUUUUGUUGGUGUUGCUUGGCUUGGCUUCUCUGCUUAAGUAUUACUGUCAGUGCUGUUGUAUACGCUGCCCGUGUUUCUCUUUCCGAAACUGUCCUGUUUUGGAAUUCCAUUUCAAAAUCCGUGAACUUCAUUAUAUUGGCUUCAUUUUGCUCCUUGUCUGAUGGGGUGGGGAAAUAUUUAUAGAAGACGUGUGAGAGUAUUCACAAUGGCUUUGAUAAUCUACUUGGAUUAUAAGGCUGUGCAACGAAGAGAGAAAUGGACUAGCAAAUCAAAAAGAGCUGCUUUAUGGGAAAAGGCUCACGAGCGCAAUGCUAAGCGUGUUCUCAGUUUGAUAAUAAAGUUGGAAGGCUUAUGGGUGAAACUUGGGCAAUAUUUAUCCACACGUGCUGAUGUGCUUCCUGAAGCAUAUAUAUCCCUUCUCAAGCAAUUACAGGAUUCUCUUCCUCCUCGUCCCUUAAAAGAGGUUUGUCAGACUAUAAAAAAGGAGUUUGGCAAGACCAUGGACGACCUCUUUGCUGAUUUUGUGGAAGAACCUUUGGCAACAGCAUCAAUUGCACAAGUCCAUCGAGCAAAAUUAAUCAAUGGACAAGAGGUGGUGGUUAAAGUUCAGCAUGAGGGCAUCAGAGCAAUCAUAUUGGAGGACUUAAAGAAUGCAAAGUCAAUUGUAGAGUGGAUAGCUUGGGCGGAACCACAAUAUGACUUCAAUCCAAUGAUAGAUGAAUGGUGCAAAGAAUCCCCAAAAGAGCUUGAUUUCAAUCAUGAAGCUGAGAAUACUAGAAUCGUGUCUAGAAAUCUUGGGUGCAAAAUGUUUCCCGGUGAGAGCUACUCUUCCAACCGUGUGAACGUUUUGAUUCCAGAUGUUAUUCAGUCAACCAAAAAUGUCCUCAUCUUAGAGUACAUGGAUGGAAUUCGUCUGAAUGACUCUGCAUCUUUGGAAGCUUUUGGUGUUGACAAACAAAAGAUUGUUGAAGAAAUAACUCGUGCAUAUGCCCACCAAAUAUAUGUUGAUGGGUUUUUUAAUGGUGAUCCCCAUCCUGGAAAUUUCCUUGUGAGCAAGGAAGCUCCUCAUCGUCCAAUUUUACUUGAUUUCGGACUUACAAAAAAACUAUCAAGCUCUAUUAAGCAAGCACUAGCAAAGAUGUUUUUGGCUUCUUCCGAGGGUGACCAUGUGGCUCUUUUGUCUGCCAUGUCAGAAAUGGGCCUCAGGUUGCGCCUAGAUAUGCCUGAGCAGGUUAUGGAGAUAACGAAUGUAUUCUUCCGUAGUUCUACACCAGCGAAUGAAGCUCAGCAAAAUUUGAAAUCCUUGAACGAGCAAAGAGAAAAAAACAUGAAGGCUAUACAGGAAAAGAUGCAGCUCAACCCUAAAGAAGUUAAACGCUUCAACCCGGUUGAUGCGUUUCCGGGUGAUAUUGUAAUCUUUGCACGGGUUUUAAAUCUUCUGAGAGGGCUUUCAUCCACUAUGAAUGUCCGGAUAGUAUAUUUAGACAUCAUGAGACCAUUUGCUGAAUCCGUUCUUCAAGGAAACAUUAAUAGAGGACCAUCGACAAAUGUACAGUGGAUCUACAACACACCAGUACAUUCUGAUGUAGAAGCCAAGCUGAGACAGCUCUUAGUUGAGUUGGGAAAUACUGAUAAAAUACUUGGGAUUCAGGUAUGUGCAUACAAAGAUGGGGAGGUUAUCAUUGACACUGCUGCUGGAGUGCUUGGAAGAUAUGAUCCUCGCCCAGUUCAGCCUGAUACGCUUUUUUCUGUCUUUUCUGCGACAAAGGGUAUAGCUGCAGGAAUGUUACACUGGCUGGUAGACAACGGAAAACUCAAACUUGAAGAAAAUGUUGCAAAUAUUUGGCCAGAAUUUAGAAGAAAUGGAAAGGAGCACAUAAAGGUUCAUCAUAUACUUAACCAUACAUCUGGUUUGCAUAAUGCAUUGGCUAACCUUAGAGCAGAAAAUCCUUUACUAAUGACUGAGUGGGAUGAAUGUUUGAAACGGAUGGAAGAAUCUGUACCUGAGACUGAAACAGGGAAGCAGCAGUUGUAUCAUUAUCUUUCUUUUGGCUGGCUAUGUGGUGGAAUAAUCGAGCAUGCAUCCGGGAAGAAAUUCCAGGAGAUUCUUGAAGAAGCUUUCAUUCAUCCUCUCAAAAUUGAAGGCGAGCUAUAUGUUGGAAUUCCUCCUGGUGUGGAAUCUCGACUUGCUACACUGACGCUAGAUACGGAUGAUUUGAAGAAGCUGUCAGAAAUGCAGAAUCGACCAGAGCUGCCAUCGACUUUCCAACUGAACAACAUUGGUGAAUUUGCAGAAUACUUGCCUGCUAUAUUUAAUAUGCUCAACAUCCGUCGUGCUAUCAUACCUGCUGCUAAUGGACAUUGCUCAGCCCGUGCACUUGCACGUUACUAUGCAGCCUUGGCUGAUGGUGGUAUGGUACCACCACCACAUUCUUCUAUUUCAAAUUCUCCACUUGGAAGCCAUCCCCAAAUCCCCAAAUUUCCUUCGAAAAAGAUCCAUGAAAAGCAAAAGGUUAAGGUAGAAGAAAGUAAUGAUAGUAAGCAAAGCAGUUAUGCCAGGAUUGAGGAGGACAAUGAUGACGAAGAUGAUGUAGAGAAGUAUAGCAGAAGUAGCAGGGGUACAAGUGAGGGCAUUGCAAAAAGAGAGAGGGGUGGAGGUUCUGAAAGCAAGAAGAGCAAGAUAUUUUCAAAUCCAAAGGUUCAUGAGGCAUUCAUGGGAGUAGGUGAAUAUGGGAAUUUGUGUUUGGGCGAUGGGACAUUUGGACUAGGAUUUAGGAGGUUUAAAUCCAAAGAUGGGGAUGGGUCAUAUACUGGGUUUGGGCACUCGGGAAUGGGGGGAUCUACAGGUUUUUGUGAUGUAAGGAACCGGUUUGCUAUGGCUGUGACUCUGAACAAAAUGUCAUUUGGGGGUGUCACUUCAAAGAUUGUAGAGCUAGUUUGUUCGGAGCUGAAUGUGCCGGUGCCGGAGGGGUUAUCGGGCUCUCAUGAUGUUAGCAGACCACUGAUUAAUUAAUUUUAGUGGUGCUGCUACCUGUAUUCUGUUUUCGUCUUCUUAUCACUAUCACUUUUUUAUCCAUACACAUCAUGUAAUAUCUGUAUACGAAUUUAUUUAUGAACAAAAACAGGAAAUGGAUGGACGAUUGUAUGUAA